UCAAAGGAGACAGGAUUCAUGGGUUUAAGACAAGGUACUCUGUGGGAUUGGGGACAACCUGCUAGCUCCUCCUGAGUGUCAACCUGAGAACUUUGGAAGCCUGUGGUUUUAAAUCUUCCAGAGGUGCCUGUUGUCAUACAAAGUGGCAAAGCAUUUUUUAUUUUGUUGAAGUUUCGAAGAGCAUGCUUCAAACAUGUAUAACCCAUCUGUAUUAGAUAUUCCAGCUGUAAUUUUUGACAACAGAUCAGGACUCUGCAAAGCAGGCCUGUCUGGAGAGAUUGGACCCCUUCACAUCAUCAGUUCUGUUGUGGGGCAUCCUAAAUUUAACAUGCCUUUAUCAGAAUCCACUAAGAAAAAGUACUUCGUGGGACAAAAAGCCCUGUACAAGUAUAAGGUCUUGCAUUUGCACUACCCCAUUGAGUGUGGACUGGUAACAGGAUGGGAUGACAUAGAGAAACUUUGGAAGUAUCUUUUUGAGUGGGAACUAGGAGUCAAACCCUGUCAAUGACCUGUACUCAUGACUGAGCCCUCUUUGAACCCAAGGGAGACUGGAGAGAAGAUGACAGAAGUGAUGUUUGAGACCAAUGUGCCUGCUUUCUACCUGUCCAACCAUGCAGUGGUAGCCUCUGUCACAGGAUUAGUGGUGGACAGUGGUGAUGGGAUCACCUGCACUGUCCCUAUCUUUGAGGGUUAUUCCCUGCCUCAUGCUGUAACCAAGCUCUACGUGGCAGGAAGGGACAUCAUAGAGCACCUCACUCGGCUCCUCCUCGUUCGUGGAAGUACCUUCCCUUUCAUACUCAAUAAAGCCUUAGUGGGUGACAUCAAAGAGAAGCUGUGUUAUGUGGCCUUGGAGCCAGAGAAAGAGCUAUGUAAGAAGCCAGAAGAGGUUCUAAGAGAAUACAAACUGCCAGAUGGAAAUGUUAUCUACAUUGGAGACCAGCUGCACCAGGUGCCUGAGAUCCUUUUUGCACCUGACCAGCUGGGUAUCCACAACCCAGGACUCUCAAAAAUGGUAUCCAGCAGCAUUAUGAAGUGUGACACUGAUAUCCAGAAGAAUCUUUUUGCAGAAAUUGUGCUCGGGGGCACCACUCUUUUCCCUGGGCUUGCGGAAAGACUUUUGAAAGAACUGGAACAGCUGGCUUCCAGAGGAACUCCCAACAAGAUUACAGCUUCUGAUAGAUGUUUCUCUUCAUGGAUAGGUGCAUCCAUUGUGACCUCUCUGAGCAGGUUCAAGCAGAUGUGGAUCACUCUGCAGAUUUCAUGGACAUACAUUGUUCAGAGAAAAUGCUUUUAAGGAAUCCAGAGCACAAGGGACUGGGAUCUAUCAGAUCGCAGGAGCACUUGUAGAAGGUGGCAUUUUCCCUUGGGCCUUAGCAUGGUGUUUGAUAAAAUUGAUAUGACAUUUUAGUUUCCGUUCAUUUUUCGUGGAACCAGAGUAAUUUAUGAUCCAGGUAAUGAAUCAUUUUAAGUGGUUCUAUUCCACCUUUUCUGACUCAUGGACACUUUUAAUAGUUUUCUCUCGAGAAAUCCUUUUAUUAGUUGAGGUUGUGUCUACUUACAGGGUUUACAGUUAAAGCAGGUGCUUGAGCCUCAUGCCCAGAAACCUGACUCAGUAGGUUCCCUGGGGCCUUCAUUUUAAUCAAGUAUCUUGGAUAUUUUUGAUAGAUCUAGUGUUAAGGAAAGGCAAAAAUCUCCAGAGAAAGUGUGGGAAGUGGACGGGAAUUAAGUAAAAGAAAUGCUACCCUGCUUUUUAGGGUCCAACAGGCCCUUUCACUCAGUAAAUCCUUUAUUACCAAAAUAAGGUUCUCUGCUGUUAUCAGCGAUUAGGCACCAAAAUAGGAUGAGGCUGUUUUCCUUGGCAAAAAGGAGAAAUGUGAACAGAAAUCGCUAUUUGAUCAAGGCUCUCUAAGCUCAAGGCCCCUACUCCCAGUUACAGGGUUAAGAAUCUACACCUCUACUUUUUGUUCAUUUUUAAUUUCAAGGAUAUAUAGCCUCAUUUAGUUAGGAGUAAAAUACUGGAAAUAUUUAAUGGUCUCCAAUAAAUAAAUUGUUGAAUAAAUUAUGUCUACAUGAUUUUUUCUCAUUAAUUUAGUAUUUUUCCAAAAUAAUAUUGGGACACAAAUGGAAAAUUCGGAGAAGUCUUUGUAAUGCAAUGUAUUUAUUUGUUAAGCAGUGACACUUUCCCAUAUGUAUGUCUAUGCACAUUUGUAUGUACAUAUAUAAAGGAAUAUUUUUGUGUGAUUAUAAGCACUUCGACAAAAGUACAGAAGGAUACAUACCAUCAAAUUUACAUAGAUUGUUGAAGCAGAUUAGAAUAAGAGGUAAAAUAGGCAA